GUUUUGUUUCGGCUGUGCAAGCAGAACAAAAGCUACGGGAGUCCAGAAAAACGCCCUGUAGUAGUACCUACAACAACAGGCUCUUGUUACCUGUUCAAUGGACAUUCUGGGGAUUCCUGAAGCAAUGUGGGCAUUAGAAAGUACAUAUCCGUGUGGCUUGCAUAUCAGGAUCAGAAAUGUAAAGCUUGCAAUGGACAGCUGAUAAUUUAAGCCUUUCAGUAACAACAUUUUGGCUUUUUAAUUUUAAAUUAUUACAUUGAAUCUUGUCUCCAUGCAGUGUACAGCUGCCUAACAAAACAUUAUUGGGUCAUCCAGCAAAUGUGAACCUAAAUUGCACAAGAAAUCACGGAACCUCUUUACGCAGUUUUCAGAAACGCCGCCUGUUGGACAUCAGGGCUUUCUGUAUGGUUUCCCUUAGUUUUGCUUAUUCAAUGAAAUCCUAAGAGAAAACGCUGGGCACAUGUUUCGGAUCUGCCCAAGCUUCUUUGGGGUGCAUCCCAAUAUUGUGUAGUGGAGAAAGCGCACAUAGGAUGGGGAGCAGAGCAAAUGGACUCAGGAGAACUACAUCGGCAGGGUACCGGUCACCGGCUACCAGCCCUGUCGGGGAUUUAGCCUCAUGUUCCUCUCCUUCACUGAGCAGCAGCCAAUCUGAAAGGACCCAGCAUACCACCAUACAGAGCUCGGUGAAACCGUCAAGCAAGACCCGAGAAGAGCAAGAAGCCCUGAAGGGAGAUCAGGUCCGACAAGACAGGGUCUGGAGAGAGUUUGUGGAGGCUGAAAGAAGGUCAACAAAAUACUGGUACCAGAACUGGAGUUUCCUAAAGGACUAUGAUCCACUGGGACAGAAAAAAGACCCUGAGCAACUCCCCAAGUACAUGUCAGUAUUCUCAGACAAAAUUCCCAACACCAACAGCCGUGUUAUUGGCAGCAGAAUGAACACUGAUCUUGGCAAAACCCUGGUAAAAAUGGAUUACUUCCUCAACUAUGGAAGAAGAAAAAAUAAACUUGGACAAGAAUUCCAGCCUUCCUAG